AUGACGACCAACAAACUGCAAGUAUUCAAAUUUGGUGACGGUGUUUGGGACCCGAGUCAUCGGUUUGUUACUUCGUGGUUGUUGUCUCCGUGGGCGCUUUUUGCUGUGAGAGCUGCGAUUUCGCUCUAUGCAUUUUUCGUCCUUCUCUUCGCCAUCUUCUGGGAAAUAGCUAAACUACCCAACGGAGACGCAACCGCCCGAUUCAGCUUCUCUUACUUCACCAUCCUCUGCUACUGGGGCAUAUCCUUCUACUUCCUCUUCGCCGCCCUGCACACCUUCACCUACGCGCGCAGCGGCAUCCCGCUGCUCACUCACUUUCCGCGUCCCCUCCAAGCCCUGCACUCCCUCUACUACAGCACCAUCAUCUGCUACCCCAUCCUCGUCACCAUCGUAUUCUGGGGCGUGAUAUUCCGCGUGUCCGUCCCCGUAGGUUGGUUCCCCACCCCUUUCGACGCCUGGUCCAACAUUUCCGAACACGGCCUCAAUUCCCUCUUUGCCAUUUUCGAAAUCGCAAUCCCGCGGACCGCGCCCCCGCCUGGGAUUCAUCUCCUCUGGUUGAUCGUCAUCCUGGCGUGUUAUCUGGGGUUGGCGUAUGUAACUGUGGCGACGAAACAUCAAUAUGUGUAUUCGUUUUUGAAUCCAAAGGUCGCGCAGCAUGGAAUGGUGGCGGCGUAUGUGUUUGGGAUUGCGGUGGGGAUUUGUCUGAUUUUUGCGGUGGUGAAGGGAGCGGUUAGUGUGAGAGUGUGGGUGACGGAGACGAGAGGGGGGAGGAGGGGAAAGUUUGCGAAGGUGGGGGAAGUGCAGAUUGCGGACGUGGAGAUGCAGAGGUGUGAGGGGAAGGAGCGAGAUGGAAAUUCUCAGAUUAAGAUGAAAGAACGCGAAGAAUUCAGAAAGCUAAAGGAUACCCGAUAG